UCCUCGGGCUCUAAUGCUCGAGCCAUAGUAAACAGUAAUUGGCUGCCGAGUUAUACUAAUACAUAAAUCGGAUUUUAAUACCGACAAAUCAGUCAUUAAUGAGUCAUUAAUGAUAGGUAAACAACAUCAACAGGCUAUCAACUAAUAAAUGCAGCGGGAGAAUCUUCUCUGUCUAUUAAGCUUAACGAAUAGUUAAAUGCUUUUACAGCUUCGGGCCUUCGGCUACUGCACCGCACGACCAAGGAUGUAUGUAAACUUAAAAUAAUAGUAUUACAAAGCACUGUGCCGUCUACCGGGCCACGUAUCUAGACCGUCUGUGAUUAUAGAUCGUCAUAAGUAAAAUGCACGUGACAUGGUUCUUGUCCCUCUGGAGAAAGUGGCCCUUACGUGGGGCAUAUUCGUAUUUAAUGCGAAUGAUAUGAUAUCUGAUCUUCUUCUAGAUUAUGCGAGUGAGAUAACACUUUGUUAACGCCAAAAAAUCACCUCAUCGACGUGAUUGUCACGCACGAAUUUACUUUUCUUCCGCUACGUCUGGACCAAUUAAAUGUAAACACGUGACAACCGCCUAUAUCCUCAAGAGACAGGACAGUUUUACCCUUUACGACACGCCUAGUCGCCUACGAUAGACACACUCUCUUGCCAGCUUUAACUGGGUCCCGUAGAGAUCUUUCUUCUCUUCAAUUUUGAAAGUGCCCCCCUCUUGAGAGUUGAGGCUAUUACCGAACAUAUAUUAACGUGAAAGUAAGUACGGGUUUCUUAGAAGCGCGUAGCUAUUACGUACCACACGUUACGAGUGUAGGGAAAAUACAUCUCAUCUUAGCUACGAAGCGAGUAUCAUUUGACGUGGGACCUUUAGAUUAUGACACGUGGCCUACCGUGGCCGUUGGAUCAGUGAUUGUCGGAAAGGGAUCAUACUAGAGUGGAAAGCACGCAAAGGCAAAACACACUUAAAACAGGUGGCGUCCUAGCUGGCAGUUGAACAGCCAAUGGCGAGGAUAUGUUGACACGUGGAAGUUUGGCCGGUUAGUUUUAGAAUAUUUAACAGCUAAUUAACCAUACCUUUUGGGUUUUAUUUUGAUGAAUUUGUGUGUUGUUAAUAUGUAAAAAUAAAUUGUUUGAACGAAGGAUUAGAUUACAUAGAUAUUGAAGACAUUAGGUAAGGUGUAAAUGUAAAAAUCAUUCGUGAAUUUACCAAAACAAAUUACCAUAAAUAAACUGAUAAUCUUAAGAGAAUCGGUUGUUAUGAAUUAAUAGUGCAGUGGAGUUUACUGGGAUUAAAUCUUUAAAGGAAUGAAAGUGGUUAUAAGUAUAACAUGUUAGGUUCGAAUGAAAAAGAAAUGUUAGGUUAAAAAUUAAAAUGAACUAUAUAAAAAAUGAAACAUUAUAAGUUCAACUCGAGAAGACUUUUAGCAUUAGAAACAUGGGUGCGUCAUGCUCCGCCAUGUGACUUUUCUUUAAUUUGCAGAGAUAAAAAGUAACAAGUUAAUUAAAUAUGUAUUUGUCUGUACAUAUAUAAGGAGUCCAGUGUAUAGAAGGAUUAUGUGAAAGCAGUGCUCUGAAUUAUCUAGAGAGAGACAGAGAGUAUUAAUAGCUCAGGAAUCGUGAGGGAGAGAGAAACGCCUUUGAAGAGAUUUGAUAUGUGUUUUGCUGGUCAUCUUUGGUAGAAGAAGAAGAAGAAGAAGCCAAAGAAGAGAUUGAUAACAUCGGCGUUUGAGUAACAGAGAGGUUGAGAGAAAUAUAGAUAUGGCGAUGAAGGGUUAUUUGGAUGAGUAUGAAAAGCUUGUAAUUAGGAUGAACACUCCAAGGGUCGUUAUCGACAAUGGUGUUUGUUCUUCAGCGACAAUCGUCAAGGUUGACAGUCCAAGAGGACAUGGUAUAUUGCUAGAAGCCGUUCAAAUCCUCACCGAUUUAAAUCUCUCCAUUAAAAAAGCUUACAUCUCUUCUGAUGGUAGAUGGAACAUGGAUGUUUUCCAUGUGACUGACAUAAACGGAAACAAACUAAAUGAUCAGAGCGUCUUAAGUUACAUCGAACAGUCUAUUGAGACGGUUUACUACGGAGAAGACAUUGAAGUAAACGGUUUAACAGCCUUAGAAUUAACCGGAACAGACCGGAUCGGUUUACUAUCCGAGAUGUUCGCGGUUCUCUCCGACCUCAACUGCGAUGUAGUUGACGCUAAGCUAUGGACGCACAACGGUAGAGUUGCGUCUAUCAUCUAUCUUAAAGACUGCACCACAGGAUCUCCUAUUCUCGAUCCUCAUCGAAUAUCAAAUAUCGAAGGACGGUUAAAGAACGUUUUGAACGGCGAUAACGACGUAAACUCCGCUGCGAAGACUUGCGUUUCGAUGGAUGCGAUGACGCACGUCGAACGUAGGCUUCAUCAGCUUAUGUUUGAAGAUAGAGACUACGAGAAGAGGUCCAAGAGACAUGAGAGAGAUCCUAUGGUGGUUGUGACGGUUCAGAAUUGGGCUGAGAGGGGUUACUCUGUGGUUAAUGUUCAUUGCCGGGACAGGACUAAGCUUUUAUUUGACGUGGUUUGUACGUUAACGGACAUGGAGUAUGCUGUGUUCCAUGCUACUAUCAACACGUCUUCGGACCAAGCUCACUUGGAAUUCUAUAUCCGGCAUAAGGAUGGAUCACCGAUAAGUUCGGAAGCAGAGAGACAACGAGUGAUACAAUGCUUAGAAGCUGCAGUGGAAAGAAGAGCAUCUGAGGGUGUGAGAUUAGAGCUGAGACAUCCAGACAAACAAGGCUUACUAGCGGAAGUUACACGGACGUUUAGAGAAAACGGUCUGAAUGUUACAAGAACAGAGAUAUCGACUAGCUGCGACAUGGCUACAAACAUAUUCUAUGUAACUGAUGCUAAUGGAAAUGGAGCUGACUCGAAAUUGAUUGAAUCGGUCAGGGAGAAAAUCGGUUUAGAGUGGUUAAGAGUGAAGGAAAUUCCAUCAGUGAUUCAUAAGAAGGGAGAUGGAGAAGAAGAGCAACAGACUAAAGCAGUGUUGGUUUCAUUUGGGAGUUUGGUCUGGAGAAAUCUAUUCAGCUUUGGUUUGAUCAAAUCAUGUUCUUAAUGGUCUUUAAAAUCUCGGGGCUAACCAAACCAACGGUUUGAUGAAAUCCAUCGUUUGAGAGGCACGUAGACUUCUUAAGGUAAGAAGUCUACGUGCCUUAAAAAAAAUGAAUGAUUUUUAUCGGUUUGGUUUCUUUAGUAAAUUUAAUUUAAGGUAGGAAAUUAUGUUUGGUCAUGUCUUGUAAAUAGAAAAAAAAAAGAGGAGAGGAACGAUUAGAAAUUCAGAACUUACUUGCUUUCUUAUUGUGGAGGGAGUUUUAGCGCUUAGAAAAAGGUGGUAUAAAGUUUCUAAAAUUAAUUUUGUGUGUGUUGUUUGUUAAGUU